AACGAUGACUACCAGCAGCGAGGAUGUGCUCCUACAGAUGGGCGAGGUGCGCUACAAGAAGGGUGAUGGCACACUAUACGUGAUGAACGAACGACUGGCCUGGAUGGCUGAGCAUCGCGACACUGUCACUGUCUCGCAUCGCUAUGCGGACAUCAAAACACAGAAGAUCUCGCCCGAGGGCAAGCCGAAGGUGCAGCUACAGGUGGUGCUGCAUGAUGGCAACACGUCCACCUUUCAUUUUGUCAAUAGACAGGGAUUGCAGGCAACGCUGGCGGAUCGGGACAAGGUCAAGGAGUUGCUGCAGCAGCUGUUACCGAACUUUAAGCGCAAGGUGGACAAGGACUUGGAGGAUAAAAAUCGCAUAUUGAAGGAUCAUCCAAAUUUGUUGCAACUGUACAAGGAUUUGGUGAUUACCAAAGUACUCACAAGCGACGAGUUCUGGGCCACCCAUGCUAAGGAACAUGCGCUUAAAAAGAUGGGCAAGAGCCAGGAAAUUGGUGUUUCUGGUGCCUUCUUGGCUGACAUUAAGCCGCAGACGGAUGGCUGCAAUGGCCUAAAAUACAAUUUGACUCCGGACGUUAUACACUGCAUUUUUAAAACAUAUCCCGCCGUCAAACGUAAACACAUGGAAAACGUGCCUGCCAAAAUGCCGGAAAACGAGUUCUGGACAAAGUUUUUCCAGUCACACUAUUUCCACAGAGAUCGCCUUACUGCUGGGACCAAAGAUAUCUUCACCGAGUGUGGCAAAAUCGAUGACCAGGCGCUUAAGGCUGCCGUGCAGCAGGGCGCUGGCGAUCCGUUGCUGGAUUUGAAGAAGUUUGAGGAUGUUCCACUGGAGGAGGGAUUCGGCAGCGUGGCUGGUGAUCGCAAUGUGGUCAAUAGCGGCAACAUUGUGCAUCAGAACAUGAUAAAGCGCUUCAAUCAGCAUUCCAUCAUGGUGUUGAAGACGUGCGCAAAUGUCAAUGCAUCGACCACUUCAAUGACCAACGGCAGUACCAACAUGGCCAAUGGUCCACUUGGUCAAUCCUCACAUACCAAUGGCUUUAAUGGCAAGGGAGGUGGAGCUGGUGGGCACUCAAAUGAUGGCGCCGAUAUCGACAAGGGUGCACCACAAGCCAAGAAGCAACGGCUCAUUGAGAAAAUACAUUACGAGGAUCUUGGAAAUCCGCUGCUUGAAACAGAAGAUGAUGCCGCCAAUGCGAGUAACAAAGCCAAACAGUUUGAGCUUUCCAAGGUGGAACGCUACCUCAAUGGCCCGCUGCAGAAUCACAUGUACGAUAACCAUAACGAUUCCAUGCCCCUGGACGAUGUACAGUACAAGUUGGUACGCAACUCGGAGUCCUGGCUGGAUCGCAGUGCCCAACGCAACGUGAUUUGCUCGAAGGCGGCGGUAAAUGCUUUGGGUGAACUCAGCCCAGGUGGCUCACUUAUGCGUGGCUUUCAGGAACAGUCCGUCGGACAGCUGGUGCCUCUUGACUUUCAGCGUGAAUUGCGGCACUUGUAUUUGUCGCUGAUGGAAUUGCUGAAGCACUUUUGGAACUGCUUUCCGCCCACUACCGAGGAGUUGGAGGCUAAGCUGCAGCGGAUGCAUGAGACUCUGCAACGCUUUAAAAUGGCCAAAUUAGUGCCUUUUGAGAAUCGUGCCAUGCAUGAGCUAUCACCACUUCGCUCAUCACUUACCCAACACAUGAAUAUACUGCUGCGCACCGCCAAUUCCAAAUAUGCCACCUGGAAGGAGCGCAAGCUGCGCAACAACAGAUAACAAACACAUGCUCUUGAACAGCAGCAACGCGAAGAACUGCAACAGCUACAAUUACAACAUCAUCAGCAGCAGCAGGAGCAACAUCAUCUUCAUACGGUUAUUCUAAGCAACAUUAUUGUCGAAUUGGAGUGAUCCAAAAAUCGAUUUGAUUAAAACAUUAAUCACUUAAGAAACAAAGUACUCUAUAACCACUAUUUGUAUGUGUCCAUUGUGUGGUCCUUAUAAAUUUGUACAGCAUAUCGAUAA